AUGGCCCUUCAAGUACCAGUAGCUGCAUAUGAAGGGGAAAAGUACUUCUGCAAAUUCAAACCUCGCAUCCAUCGCGAUGCCCAUCUCGCCGAUUCAGGAAGUUGGGAAUGUCAGAUCGAUCUUCUCAACUCCCAAGGAGCUAUCCACAAUGACUGGGUACGAAAUGGAAGAAACAAGAGCUACGCUGUGGGAUGCAUAAAUCCAACAGUUGGCAAUUUUAUGGCGCUUGCUGCAACUGCGGCAAUUCCAGAUCGUCUUGCUCUGGUCAGUUAUAUUCUUGAAUACGCAUUUGUUCACGACGAUAUCAUUGAUUACGCUGAGAGUCAAUCUGAGUCGCAGCUCCGAGAAGUAAACAGCCAAUUGGUGGAAGGCCUGAAUGAUGACCAGAAUGAACGCCCUGACCAAAGAAAUGUGAAAAUGCAACUGCAGGCCAAAAUGGCCCAAGGAUUAUUGAAGUUCGAUAAAACACAAGGAAACAAUAUUCUCAAACUCUGGAAGGAGAUGUCAGAUAUCUUCCUUGAAAUCAGAGACAUUCAGUUCAAGGAUUUGACUGAAUAUCUCUCAUUCCGUGAAAUUGAUGCAGGAUGCCCAUGGACCAUGCGGCUAGUAUCCUUCUCAAUGGACUUCUAUCUCACUAACGAAGAGGAAGAGUCGAUUUCCGCUAUCACAAAGGCUGCAUACGAUUCUUGGUGUCUAGUCAAUGACUAUUUCUCCUGGGAGAAGGAACUACUGAACAACAAGGUCAGCGGAAGCACUGGACAGAUUACAAAUGCCGUGUUUCUUCUUGCUAAGUGGCAUGCUGUUGAUGUGGUCAGGGCUAGGGAAAUGGUCCGUGAUGAAAUCAUCGCUCGGGAGGAAUUGUUCUGCAAAUUGAAAUCUGAAUAUAUUGCCUAUGGUCGUGGAACAGACAGGAUUUUGAGAUGGUUUGAGGUGCUAGAUGAUGUGACUGCUGCCAACUUUGCUUGGAGUAUGACAACUGCACGGUAUGAUGCUGAAGCUGAGGAUGCGUAUCCCGGGCUGCGGGCUGUGGGCGGAGGAUCAAAAUGA